GUGCUAUAGAAGAUGCACUAUUACCGAUAUUCUAAUGCAGAAGUCAGCUGUUGGUACAAAUACCUGCUCUUCAGCUACAACAUUGUCUUCUGGCUAGCUGGGGUGGCCUUCCUUGCGGCUGGUCUGUGGGCAUGGAGUGAAAAGGGUGUAUUGUCUGAUCUGACGAAGGUGACUGGUCUUCAUGGUCUGGACCCAGUGGUGCUUGUCUUAGUGGUGGGAAUAGUGAUGUUUACUUUGGGAUUUGCUGGUUGUGUAGGAGCACUGAGAGAAAACAUCUGCCUUCUGAAGUUUUUCUGUGGAGCAAUUGUGUUUAUAUUCCUGCUGGAGCUGGCAGUGGCAGUUCUGGCUUUCCUGUUCCAGGACUGGGUGAGGGACAGGGUCAAGGAAUUCUUUGAGAAUAACAUUAAAUCCUACCGAGACGAUAUUGACCUCCAGAACCUCAUUGAUUCGCUACAGAAAAUUAACCAUUGCUGUGGUGCCCAAGGUCCAGAUGACUGGGACUUCAACAUAUACUUUAACUGCAGCAGUGAAAGCAAAAGUCGUGAGAAGUGCGGCGUUCCUUUUUCCUGUUGUAUAUCUGAUCCUGCCCAAAAAGUUGUGAAUACACAGUGUGGCUAUGAUGUCAGAAAGAAGAGCAAGAGGCAAUGGCACGAUCAGAUUUUUGUCAGAGGAUGUAUCCUUGCUCUUGAAGCGUGGUUACCCAGAAAUAUCUACAUUGUUGCAGGUGUCUUCAUAGCUAUCUCGCUGCUCCAGAUUUUUGGGAUUUUCCUAGCCAGGACAUUGAUUUCUGAUAUUGAAGCUGUAAAGGCAGGUAAUGCCUUCUGAAUAUAAAAGCAGAAACGUGUUGCAAAAAAGUAUAUUUUACGGUUAUUGGUCGGACACCAAGGUGGAAGAAAUGCACGGACCAUGAAAUACUCCUGUUAUUAAAAGCCUUAUGUGGAUUUUACCCCGCUCACGCUUUUUGUUAGAAGCUGGUACAAAAAAUUCUCCAAACACACACCUGUCUACCUUUUUUCUAAUGAGACAACUCUGCACCAGCAUUGAUCUCUGAGCAAGAAAUGGCAUUUCCCAAGACAUUGGCGGAACAAAUUUUAAAGAUUGUAGCAAGGAGACAUGAAACUGCUGUAAACACUUUCCUUGAAGGAUUACCAUGAAGAUUGUUCUGUUUUCACUCCCAACUGUCAUCAAUCUCAAAACAUAAUCAUUUCAGAAGGCGUGCUGAUUUCUUCAGAAUCUUGAAAUUGGUUUAAUCUCUACAGUAGACUCAUGCAGUCAUUUUUUGGCAAGAUACCCAGCAACCAUAAUAGUCAUGGUAUUGGAAAUUGGAAAAAAAACCAGUCACAAAUUGUCUAGUUCUUUAAUUGUUUUUCAGUUGUGCAGAAGUAGGCCUAUUUCUGUUUGACUGGGAAUAACGUAGAUGUCUCGGGAGCAGGAACUUGUGCUCAGCAUCAGAGUUUGAGUAACCCAUGCUGUUUUGAAAACACAGGCCUUUUCUCAAGAGGGGAAAAAUCUGACUAUCUGUAGCAUUAUAUGUUAGCAAUCUGCAUUGCAGGCAAGGGGGUGUGAAUCCCCGAUGCUGUUUCCUGUCUGAAAAAAAUGUAAAUAUUCUUUAUUUAUAGAAGAAAAACCACUUAAAAUGCUUAGCUUUUCAUUGAUCAGUAAUAUCUUUAAAAAGCGCUGUCUGCAGAAAUUUCAAAAUGCAGCUUGUUUCAGUAGGUAGCAAGCAUGCUAUGCUAGCUGUUGAUGGCUUUUGCCUUUCCUCUGGUUUCUCUCACAACUGCUAUAUUGAUCUUCACAAGUCCAAACUGCUAAUACCAGGACUGAUGAAGAACAUUUAAAUUCAGCAUUGAUCCCUACUGAAAUCUGUUCUUUAAUGAGGAAAUACACAUUUAGUGAAAGAUUAGAGUUGUUGAAUUUUUAAAUCUUCUGUAAAGCUAUUGAAUCAUCAGUUCUGCUUGUAUUCUCAUACGUAGUUCAAAUGCCAGUCACAAUAUGGUGAACCAGAACGAUUUCUUCAGAGUAAUUUUCUGCAUCGAACUGAACUACUCCUGCUGAAGUCAAAUUUUUUUUAUUUUUAUCAGAAGAAAACUAAACUCUCUUCUUCCCAUCCUCCCUUCUUGGGGGUUCAGUAGAUGGAUCUGUAGCUCAGUAAGAGUCCAGUCUUCUCUAAAAGACUUCGGCAUAGUAUUUUUAACUUUAAGGUAAAGUAUGUGACUGGAAAAGUUCUCGAAAUAGCUGUAGCUGUCAGUUUUACUGUGGGCCAUAUAAUUAACAUUGUUUACUGCUUCCAGUGACACCAAUUUUUUCAGGGAGAGCAGGUUUAUUUACAGUGCCUAACAUAGUGUAAAUUUUAGAAAAGUAUAUAUUUUUAUAAUAUUUUACUACAUGUAGUCUGCCUGAAGGAUUUAGUACUUGUCUUUCCAAAGUAUAUGGCUUUUUUAGGAAGCCAAACUUUUAAAUAUCUCUCUAAUGUCCUUUUUUUCUAUUAUGCAUGUAUUAACGAACAUUUCACUGGCAAAAGCUGAUCAACAGUAUGAAUCUUUGUGUCUGUAUUGAUUGUCCAGACAUCCUUCUAGCUUUUAAUCUGUGAAGCACUUCACAGACAAUGCUGUACUUCUCAUGUGUACUUCAGUUCAGCUUUCAUAGUUCUUUUUCUGGCCAGCGAUUAAGACACAACAGGAAAAGGAAGCUUGUCUCAGGAUGGCUGAUUUCCUUACAGUAGCAGAGAACAGUCUGCUAUUACUCAUCUGAAAAACCUGAAAGUAAAAUCGCUGGAAGUGCACUGUAAUUUUUUUUGUUUUGUUUAGCUUUGAAAUACAACAAGAAAACAAUAGCAGUAGAUCACUGAGGGGAGAGCAAGAGGCAUUUCUUCUGUAGAGCCUUGAAUUUGAGGUCUGUAUUACUUAUUUGUUGAAUCUAGUCCCUUAGGAGCAGCCAAAAAUUUGCUGCUGUUACUGCUACUUUGCAAGCAGCAAAGCAGUGUCCAGCAACCUUUGCUUUAAACUCUGGUGCUUGAAACUUUACAACACCUCAUCAACCAGCUUACUCUGUUAAGGUUAUGUGUGGUAAUCUAAUGUAUGUAAAAUUGGAGAAGGAUGCUUUCUAUUUGUAACUUUUUAUUCGUAAGACAUUGCAUUGAAAAUUGCAUCUAGGGAGUACGUUUCCCUUUGCCACGUUUUGACACAGAAAGCUCCUAAUGCUGGGAAGUAAUUUCAGCAGUUGGUGAACAUCAUCACGGUGUCAAAGAUACCUGUGGAGUUCAUGCACCGAAAUUAGCUGCCGACAAGAGCCAAGUGUCAUGGAUCAGGAUUCCAGUGUCUGCAAGUCUUGCCAAGUUGCCUGAAGACAAAUGAAUACUUGGUUUCCUUUUGAAGUACUGUUUGUGUGCAAAACAGAAUUUGAUUGAAGUGUUGUCUUUCCUCAGUUUGUUCUUACUGGCUUUGGCCAUAUUAACACCAGCUUUGUAUCGAUGCUCCAGUUAUCUGGAACUGAAUUCAAGAGAGCAAGUUCAAUCUAUUUGAGGAUCUUUAAAUUCAUGGAGUGGUUUGUUUUCACUGUGGAUAAACUUCUUUGUGCUUCUUCAGUAUCACUUAUAAAACCCUGGGGCUCUAGGCUGGUUUACCCCUAGACAUUUUGAAAUGCACCCCCAUUGGUGGUACACAUGACUAAUGUAAUUUCAGACUUGGAAGGGGAAUACUUUCUUACCACUUUCUACUUAGUUAUAUUUAGCACCUUCUCUUGAGGACCUGCAGUGGCGUCAUGGCUGAAGAUUUAGGUUAUGGUUUAAAAAAGUCCUGUCAGCAAAAGCAGUUGGGUGUGAGCCUGCUUCUAAAGCCUUGAAGGAGAAGCAAUUCAAUGAUCUCAAAGAGGUUUGAUAAAUUGUUGAUGUUGAGAUUUCACUGGUUGCAUUUGGAACAACUCCACAAACACUACAAUGGAAACAAGGUUUUUAAUGAAGAUGUCAAAUACGAGAUCAGACUUGAAUAACUGGACUGAGAGAAGGAAACUUUUCAGUGUGAUCGCUUUUAUUUCUCAGAAAUGAGCACAAUUUAUUUCUGUGAAGUAAUGUAUUUAUUUGUCAGUAUGUUUGACAGUGCAACUGCCCUUUUCUUUCUAUUAAUAUACCUGCAUUUGGACACAGUUUCCCUGUAUGCGAAGAGGAGGAUGAAUAUAAGCACUGGAAAAAAGUGCAGUGACCAAAGGAGCUUCGGUCACCUCCUGAAAACCUGAAUACUUCUUCCCAAGGGGUCUUUAGUUUUGGUGACCUUCAUACAGUGCCAUGUGGAUAGACUUGCACCUCCAGUCCAUUGAGGUCGAUGUGGCAAUUGGCUUACACAUAGAAUUGCCUUGUGUUUGUCUCCCCAUUCCAUCCUUUCCUCUUCCUUCCCCCUGCUGCCUGUGGGUUAUUAUGCAGCUUGAACGUUGUUUAGCCAGUGGAAGGGGAGGUUCUGUCUCUUCUUCCGAGAUGGCUUUUCUCAGUGACUUUCAGUAUAUUUUUUUUCUCAAGCCUUAAAUUUGAUUAAAUAAAAUUUAAU